AAAUCGAAAGUGGCGCUGUCGAUAAUGUAGGCGCGCGUGUGUUGCGCUUCUUUUCAGGCUCGUGAUGCACAUGCACACCUCGUUCUAUUGACGUGAGGGGAAACGCGAGGAUGGAAUGUAAACAUGGGAUUGUGGUGAGAUGGAGCGGGAAGGAUUACAAUAUCCUCGAUCUUCAGGGGGAGGAUACCGUCCUUACGCUGAAGGAAUAUAUAUACAAGGAGACGGGUGUUCGACCUGAACGUCAGAGACUGUUAAAUCUCAAGUUUAAAGGUAAGGCAGCACAGGAUGACGAUAUUAUUGGCAAGAUAGACCUGAAACCUGGCUACAAGCUAAUGUUGAUGGGCUCACGGGAGGAAGAUAUUGCGGAAGCCAGUCAAGCGCCAGAGAAUGUACCUGAUGUGAUUAACGAUCUAGACAUAGAGGAGGAGGAAGUGGAGGUCGAGAAGGCCGAGGUGAAUCUGCACAAGAUACAGAUAAGAAUCGACCGCUAUAUGAUCACGGAGCUAAAUCCACUGAGAGAAGGUAAGAAGUUACUCGUCCUGGACAUCGACUACACCCUGUUCGAUCACAAAUCGGUGGCGGAGAGCGGAGCGGAACUGAUGCGCCCGUAUCUCCACGAGUUUCUCGCGCGCGCUUACAAGAGCUACGACAUCGUCAUCUGGUCGGCGACCAGCAUGAGAUGGAUCAAUGAAAAAAUGAAGCUGCUGGGAGUGUCAAGUCAUCCCAGCUAUAAGAUAGCCUUUCACCUGGAUGUCCUCGCCAUGAUCACCGUUUAUACCCCGAAGUACGGUGUCGUGAGGGUGAAGCCUCUCGGCAUCAUCUGGGGUAAGUACAAGCAGUACUCCGCGAAGAACACGAUAAUGUUCGACGACAUUAGGAGAAAUUUCAUCAUGAAUCCGCAAUCCGGACUGAGAAUAAGACCUUUCAAGCACGCUCACAGCACCAGACUGAAAGACGUCGAGUUGGUGAAGCUGUCGAGAUACCUGGAGCUGAUAGCCAAGGUCGACGACUUUCAGACUCUCAAUCACAGAAAGUGGGAAGAGUACAAGGCCAAAAAGAGCGACGCUAACGACGACGAGUAAGUAGACGACCGAGUGGGAUCGAACCUUGUCGCGAAUCGUCGACGGAACUCGACUUUUUUCUUCCUAUCGAUCUUGCGAGAGCGGAUAAAUAAACUGAUGUCGGUCGACGGGGGGGGGGACGUAGGGAGAGAUGGAAAGAGCGACUCGUGGACUGUAUAUAAUAAUAAUGGAAGGAUGGCAUUUUCGAACCACCAGCUACCUUAGAACCGUAGACGAAAGAAACGAGUUAUAUAAGACUGUCUCACGCAUCCCGGAGGAUAAAUGAGGAGGAAGACUAGAUUAACUCAAUCGACCAGACCCCCCUCUUCCCUUGUUAUUGCAAGGAGAUACUUUCAGAUUACGAUGCACAAUGUUGAUUCACUUGAAGGAUAUUUGCGAAUAUUUUUCAUACCUCUCAGUGUAUUCGUGAAUUAUUUAUCGGUCGUAUCGUACUUACGUGUAUAAAGGUCGUUUUCGAACAAAGACGCGCUGCACGGAUAAUAAUCGUGAUAGCGAGUACUAUGAAUACUAUUAUUACGGCAUGCUCGAGUAAGCCUGCCGCCUGCGUGUUCGACGUCGUGCGUGCCGAGUUUUCCCGCAUGUUAUUCUCUUUCCCUCUCUUUUUCUGUAUUGUAUUUCGUAAGCACGGCUGGUGUGGGCAGAGCACGGCUCUCAUCACGCGAUACCACGCGGGAAUGAUUUAAUUUUCCCCGUCCUACCUACUGUGCUCGCACCGCUGCGGGUCUCACGCGGCAUAUUCCAGCCAUUAAGAGCCGUAAUUACGCUGUCCGCACUGAUUACGAAAGCUGCGGGGCGUUUAACCGUCUUACGCAUUAUAGACGCUAGACGGACCGGCUAUUGGUCCGUGCGAGGAUUUGUAAACUUUUUUAAUAUGAAACAUCACCUCUCCGAGUUUUCAGACGAGUUUUAGGUAUGUACCUUGGAAAAAAGGGAGAAAAGAAAAGUGUAAAGUGGAAAAAAAAAUGUAAAGUUGUGUAUGUAUAAAAAGUGUACCCUCACCCACACAGUGAUUGUAAUAAAAGUUCACUUAUUCG